AUGGCAUGCGGUCUAGCGUUGAAACGCCCGCAUGAGUACGACUCAUAUUUGGCUGAUGAAAGUUUCCCACACGAGGCCAAACGUGCACGUCAAACAGCGGCUCAUUGCUCGCCUUUUCGGCCUCAGAUGGGUACAAUAGCUGCCAAUCUUCCUUCAACGAGUAGUUUUGCCCAAGCCGUUAAUAAGGUAACCUCCUAAGU